UUGAUAUAAAUUUUGGUGUCGUAAAUAGACGAUGGAAAGGAUAGAUGCGUCAAUAAUCGACUCAAGUUAGGUCUUCUGAAAGUCACCAAGUUUUGAUCUGAUAUAUCUCAAUUUGUAAUUGACAGUCGUGAUUUAUGUGUAAAGUGGCAAACAGAUCCCAAAGUUGUAAAAGUACAAGUUCCGGUUGGCUUUAAUUUACGAACCUUCACAUGGAAACAAUUUCACACGGAUGUACCGAUGCGCGCGCAACAUCUCCCGUGCUUGGAGGAUUCUUCAACUUCCGCCUCUUCCUCCUUCCGUAAAGAAUCAUUAACCCACGGUCGGGAAGUUUGACUGGCAGACUCCAGUGUCGAGCCGCCAACGGCUGAUCGACCCCAUGGUGGCGGGAUUGGUUCUGGUGCCUUUACGGGACCGAAUAUCAACCAAAGUGAUUACUCCAUUUUCUUAUUUUUAUGUUGGAAGAAUUUUUAGCGAGUGUUGUGCGAAUCUCGUAGGAAAAUAAAAUAAAACUGAUAAACCAAUAUGACAAGUAGCAACGACAGUGCUGGGUAUUUGUGGACGAUCAACGCCACCACCUGGAUUAUCGAUGACAGCAACGAGACGCUGGGCAUCGAUUGGGACGAUUGGGACGUGUCGCUGUGGACGCCGGAGCAGCGCCAACUUCUGGAACAUGGCGGGAUCCCGCGCCAAGUUCACGUCGCCCUUGGCGUCCUCCUCAGUUUCAUUGUCCUCUUCGGUUUCGCCGCCAAUUCCACCAUCCUUUACGUCUUCUCCAGGUUCAAACGGCUGAGGACGCCGGCCAACGUGUUCAUCAUCAACUUGACCAUCUGCGAUUUCCUCGCCUGUUGUCUCCACCCACUGGCCGUCUACUCCGCAUUCAGGGGCCGCUGGUCUUUCGGCCAAACAGGUUGUAACUGGUAUGGAAUGGGCGUCGCCUUCUUCGGACUCAACAGCAUCGUGACCCUGUCAGCCAUCGCUUGUGAGCGGUACAUUGUCAUCACGUCUAGCAGCUGCCGGCCGGUUGUUGCCAAGUGGCGGAUUACGCGUCGACAAGCGCAAAAGGUUUGUGCUGGAAUUUGGCUCCAUUGCGCCGCCCUGGUCUCCCCGCCUUUACUUUUUGGAUGGUCCUCCUACCUGCCGGAAGGAGUUCUAGUCACCUGCUCAUGGGAUUACACUUCACGAACGCUGUCCAAUCGGCUCUACUACUUUUACCUCUUGUUCUUCGGAUUCUUCUUGCCCGUUUCCGUUUUGACGUUUUGCUAUGCGGCCAUUUUCCGGUUCAUCCUGCGCUCGUCCAAGGAGAUCACCCGUCUAAUUAUGACGAGCGACGGCACGACAUCUUUCAGCAAAUCUACCGUAUCCUUCCGUAAAAGGCGGAGGCAGACGGACGUCCGGACGGCGCUGAUCAUUCUGUCGCUGGCCAUUCUUUGCUUCACGGCCUGGACGCCGUACACCAUUGUCAGUCUCAUCGGCCAAUUCGGCCCAGUCGACGAGGAUGGCGAGUUGAAGCUCUCACCCAUGGUGACCUCCAUCCCGGCAUUUCUGGCCAAAACUGCCAUCGUUUUCGAUCCGUUGGUCUACGGAUUCUCCAGCCCUCAGUUCCGGAAUUCCGUCCGCCAAAUUCUCCGCCAGCAAAGUAUUUCCAGCAGUGGCAACGCCGGUAAUCGUGCCGGACCAAACAACAUGGCAAUGACUAGGACGGCGAUCCAGAAUUCGCGUGCAAGUUCACGCGCCACCGUCUCGUCUUUCAGUCGCAAUGCCCGGAUGUUUCCAAAGGAUCCGCUCUCCAAAAAGAUGUCAAACGAUCCUUCCGUUUCAACGCCGCUGGCUGUACAGCAGAUCCCACAAUUCCGUCUUCCAACUGACGUGGACAUCAAUGAGCAGCAAUUUCGCCGAGGUGAGAAUUUGAGAAAGUCUUGCAUGAAGCAGAAGAACAGCUUUAAAAUUCCGGCCGGAAGCAUUCCGCAGAAAAAUAAAUUGAGCAACAGCCGUUGUUCUCUGCUGGAGGACGUGUCAACGCAUUCGCUGGCACUGCGGCAGAUGAUCUUCCGGAAAGAGGACGAGUUAUAUUUAUUCCAUCACCAACCAUCCCACAAUGCUGAGCUUGCAGCCAACAAAAUGGAUCACCAGGGGAAUAAUAAACGGAUCCGUCGACGUUUUUCGGAAGCAGAUAUGAUGCGCCGAUCUGGAAAAUGCCGGAAGAAUCUUCUUCCAGUGAGCACAUCCUUCGACCAGUGAUUUCAUGUUUCAAUUUGCGUCAAACAUUUUUCCAAUCAAACAUUUCGAUUGACAUAUCCAGGAUACACCAAAUACACGGUAAAUGUUAAA